AUGUCGCUCCGUUCCGCCGUCGCCUCGGCGUCUCGCCCUCUUGCGCCGCGCUUUGCGCGCGCAGCCUCGACCAAGGUCAAGAAGCCUACCAAGGUCAAGGCCAAGAAGGAGGAGCUGGACCCGAACUGGAUCCUCCCCGAGAUCCACCUCGGUCGUACCCACCCCUCGCGCUACGGCGACCACUACGAGAACGCGCUCGCCUCGGAUAUGCUGUACAUGACGUACGAUCACCGUGCGUGGGAGACUUCGGCAAAGGCAGCGGCUGUUGCCCUCGCCAACGCCGCCGAGCCCAAGGUCGUGACGGGAUACGAGGCGAACCGGCCCGCCCCGCCUCCGAAGGGUAACCGCCCACCCAAGCCGAUGAACCGCGCCCUCGUUCCCGAGGACGUCGUGCAGCUUGAGGCGAUCACGGUUCACACGAUGGUCAAGGAGGCGAUUGGGAACAAGAACGCGCUCCUCUCCGCGAUCAUGGCUCUGCGUGCGAUUUCGGGUGAGAGCGCCCGCGGCGGCGGCCGCGCUGGCGCUAGCGGCGUCGAGGUCGUUGCGUCUCGCAAUGGUGCGGCGGCGUUCAAGCUCCGCGCCGGCAUGCCUGUUGCCGCCAAGGUCGAGCUCAAGGGCGAGGCCAUGUACGACUUCCUCCAGAGCCUUGUCGACUUUGUUCUUCCUCGCAUCCGCGAGUUCCCGGGCUUUGUUUUGCCGCCCAUGAGCGCCAGCAAGACGUCUCCGUCUGCGCUCGCCGGCGUCGUGUCCCUCGGCCUCCCGCCGGCGGCUAUGGGUCUCUUCCCCCAGAUUGCCGCCAACAUUGACUCGUACCCCAAACUACACGGCUUCCACAUGUACUUUAAGACGAAUGCGCGCGGACGCGACGCGCAGGAGCAUGCGCGCGCGCUGCUCACCGGGUUCAGGAUACCGUUCCACAGGAAGUCGUAG